AUGGAUGGUGCGUUUGACACUAUUUCUUUGGUAGUCUUUGGAUUUUUCAUUCUUGACAUGAUCAUACGAGUGAUGAUAUAUCCAACUUACUUCAGUAUUGGUUGCUGCAAUACUAGUGGUGUGAAUGGUGGAAAUGAUAUUCAAACUGGUUGUGUAAUUGGAAGUUUUGUGUUUUGGUGUGAUCUUGUGUCUACCAUUACUUUACUCUAUGACAUUUCUUGGAUCAACAAAGAUGAAUAUAGUGUGAGGGAGAUUGAAAUUCAACUGAAUGAAUUUGGAAUACCGAUUGCUGGCGUUGGUCCCCACAGUAGGCUCGGCUUGGGGGAAGUGGAAAUCGAAUUAUUGUUGACCAUUGCCCGUACUGCUCGAGUUGUUCGGUUCAUUCGAUCUCGUACAGUGGUGAACAUGAGUAACAAAGUGAACUGGUAUUGGGCAUUUGAAAAGUUGCGAUGGCUUGACCCAUUCUAUUGUCGACGAAAGCUACGCAAGAAGAAGAAACCAACCCAAAGGAAUUCUCUGGGUAUGGCAACCGAGCACAAUCCACGUGCUGGAAUGGGAACUGCAGCGUAUCAGAGGGGAAUCUCCGCUGCGGUUCAGGUUCGGGAGGAAAUGGAAGCUAGACAAGCUAGAGAAUCGUCGAAGCGAUGGUCUGUGAUGAGAGUAUUGCAAACUAUGGGUUUACGAGAUAGCGAUAAAGGUGCACUGUCGGAAAAUGAGGCAGCGAAGCGGAUUCAGCGGGCCUGGCGAAAGCAUUUCAAAGCCGGUCAAGGCUCGUACAGUAGCGAAAGUUCCGACUUGCCAGACACUGGUUCAGUAAUGGGUGGGAACUCGAGAAAGAGUGGCACCUUUCGAAUUGCUAGUUCUCGAUUCCAGCAGAAGUCUGGAACACUGCAGGAAUCACAAGUUGGUAGUGAUAUGAGAGAGCUCACGGGACAACGGGUGGCAUUAGGGGUUCUUUUUUCUCUAGUAUUCACAGUGCUGUUCACGUACACAGAGCCGUCAACAACAACAGAGUCCGCAAUGAUCGUGCUCCACAACCAAACGAGAAAUCUUGCGUUUGAACGACCCGUUCUUAAUGCUGCCAAAGAUUCAUCUGUUCCACAUCUAUUCAAAUACAAGACAUCUAGGGACCAUGACUUUGAUCUGCCUUUGACUGACAUUAAUGGAAACGAGCUCAAAGAACGCGAUCAGCUUGUUGUGACGGUGAUCGAUCCCGACGACCGAAAAUCGAUUGGAUGGUUCUCAAAUCGUCGAUUGGAAACUCAAAAGGCUCUGACGUCAAUUGUUGCAACCUUUUUCAUCAUCAUUAUUUGGUUCGUUGGAAUGUCAGCAUUUGCAGGGCCGGUCAUGGUACUUGUUGUCACACCGAUUGAGAGGAUGGUCAGGCUCUUGGGCAUGUUAAUGCUUGAUCCACUGGGGUAUCAGUCAACGACGAAGUUCAAGAAGUUCCUCAGGGAAGAAGACGCACUAAUCCAAGGGACUCGAUGGACCAAAAAAGUUUUGAGGGGGAUGGAAACUUCGUUUCUCAUGUCUACAAUUCUGAGAAUUGGAUCUUUGAUGAAAGUUGGCUUUGGUGGUGCUGGAGUCGAAAUCAUUCGUAACAACUUGCAAAAGGGCCAGACCAAAAAUGUGCUGAUUCUUAGUUCUCAGGGUUCCACAGUCUCUUGCAUCUUUCUGUUCUGUGAUAUUCGUCAGUUCACCAACGCAACAGAAAGUCUGCAAGAAGAGGUUUUCGUUUUCACAAAUCGAAUCGCCGCGGUGGUUCAUUCGAUUUGUCAUUCCUAUGGUGGGGCUGCAAAUAAGAACGUUGGUGAUGCUUUUCUGCUCAGUUGGUCACUUGAGGAUCCUGAGAGUAGUCGAGUAUCGAGAGCUCGGAGUAUGGGAGACAGCGGUCUCAGAGCUUCCAAGGAGCAGGCUGACAAAGCACUGCUCGCAGUUACAAAGAUUAGCCAAGCGCUGUACUAUGAUAAGUUUUAUCUGGAACCGUUGAGUGAAGUUGCAAGAGCCAGACUAAAGGAGAAGCUACUGAAAAAGAAGACCGGCCCUGUUGUCAAGAUGGGUUUCGGCUUGCAUGCUGGAAAAGCUGUCCAAGGUGCCAUUGGUUCGCAGCGAAAAAUUGAUGCGACGUAUGUUUCCGAAGCAGUCAACAGAGCUGAAUUCCUUGAAUCAGAAACGAAGACAUAUGGCUUGCAGCUUCUUAUGUCGGGCAUUUUCCACAGCCUUCUGACCGAAAGCACGAAGAGGCGUUGCAGAAAAAUUGAUCAAGUGUAUGUCCCAGAUGACGAUGAUGAAGACGAUGAAGACGAUGGCCAUUGGAGGGACGAGGAUGAGUUGAUUCAUUUACAUACGUUCGACAUGGAUAUCAGUGCAAUAUACCGAACGCCUCAACCACGAAAGAGUGCUCCAAAAACAGACAUGUCAUCCGACGGGGGAUCAAGUGAUCUUGAAAAAGGCCGUAACAAGCGUUUGGAACGUGUUCGGUCUAACCGUAACAUGCGGAACCGUCGGCGAUCGUCCCUAUCCCUUCGCCCAAGCGGAAGACUUUCUCUUUCCGUUUCGGAAGAGGUACAAUCGGCUGUAAUGGAUGGUGCAAGUGUCAGCUCAAUGCGGACCGCUGAGGAGCCUUCUGAUUUCAGUGGACCUCAAGAUCUCGUUUUGCCGCGAGGCCCUGCUAUAUACAACAAAAAUGCGUGGCUGUCACCAGAGAUGAAACGCAUGCGCGAAAAAUACGUACAAGGUCUCUUCUUUCAAAACUAUGCGAAGGGUUUGAAAGCAUUUUACAACAAAGAUUGGGACACGGCGAAGCAAUGCUUCCAAACGGUACUCAAUGAAUCAGAUGAUGGGCCGUCUCGUCAUUUCUUGAAGAGAAUCAAGGAAUGUAACGGAGUGCCACCCAAGGACUUUGUGCCCUACAGGAAAAUGUGGAGAUUUUCAAAGGCGAUGGACACUGAUGAUGCUCUUGGACCAUCCCGAGAAUCGGAAGACUCGGCGCUUUCAAAGGUUCUGCUUAUUCUCUUAUCCUCUGUGAUCGCCAUUCUUGUUGCUUCAGUAAAAUGGAAGCAUAGUUUCAAGCUCUUUCUUAUUCCGAACAACAAUGCAACAAAAGCACAACCAAAGACUUCUCCACCAACCGUUCCCUUUAUUUUGAUUCGAAAAGAAGGAGAUGUUCUCCCAUCCCGGAAAAUCCGGAAGUCAAUGGAUAAAUACAAGAGCGAUACCUAUCAUGCUCUCAAAGGACUGAGUCAACAAAUGGAUCAAGCAAUCGAACUUGAACAUGGACUUUCGAUUCAUCAAGGAGCCAAGCUAUCCACAAAGAUCCAAAGAAGAAUACAAAAACUGUCCGAUAUCUUUGAUCACAAUGAGAAGAUAAUUCGAAGUCUUCUUGCUCCCAUGGAUUUUAUUACAUCUCUUCCAGAUAAUGGAAUCAUCCAGUCGAAGGGAGAAAUGUUGAAGAGAGACGAGGAAGUGUAUUCAGAAAGUGGACAAAGCAACCCGAACUAUCCGAAUCCAUCCACAUUACCCCAUUCAUCAAAGCAGAAUGCAACAAACUUGCUAGAAGAGAAUGUCUAUGAUAUGACGGCCCAAAUCAUUGCCCAUUUGGUGCGAGAUUGGUCAGCUGCUGGGUCCAACAUUCGGGAAAGCCUUUACUUGUGGGUUUGUCGGGAACUAGUGAAACGAUCCAGGCAUCGACAAGACCCUGUACUGGUCCCUGGUGCGGGGAUGGGACGACUUGCCUAUGAUAUAUACUCACUUGGCUUUACAGUCGAGGCCAACGAGAUAUCCCCGGUGAUGGCGGCGGCCGCAAAGUCCAUUCUAAUAGAGAAUAGUUCUGGUUUGAUAUAUCCAUAUGCCUUGGAUGCAAUGUCCAAUGAGGUAGAAUCUUCGAGGCGAUAUGAUAAAGUGUCCUUUCCAGAUGUCCCUGUGGUACAUCUGUCAGAAAAAUUCUCGCUGUCCUUUACGAUUGGAGACUUUGCCGGAGCCUAUUAUUCAACUCAAGCUUCGACUUUUGGUGCCGUCACGACCUGCUUCUUCAUUGACACUGCUACAGAUAUUUACGAAUAUAUUGCAUUGAUUAAGGGCUUGCUGAAGCCAAAGGGUAUCUGGAUAAAUGUUGGUCCGGUCCAGUGGCAUGCAAAUGCUCUGUUGCGACCGUCGGCAGAUGAAUUGAAAGAUUUGCUCCUAGCCUUUGGAUUCACAAUCAUCACUUGGAGUAUCGACAACAAACCCGUCCCCUACCGACAUGACAGCGCCUCCGACGGAAGCGGAAGAGAUUCAUUUGUACGAUCCACAAGUUUUGAAGGCUAUCGUCCACUGAGAUUCGUGGCCAUUCGAGAAUAUUGA